AUGUCAAUGUUCCCACAAAGGCAACCUGGAUUCAAGUGGCUGAACGUCUAUACUGCUGGUAACUUCAAAAGACCUGGACGAUCAUGCAAGGGAGCUAUGAGCACAUGGCUGUUGCACAAGGAGCCAAUGAGCUGGGAGCCAGUGGUGGCCAUAGAUGUUGCCCUCACUGAGCAGGGCCUGACCACAAUGGGUGUGGGCUGCUGGCCCAGACGGAGCCGUCGCCAGGGCAGAGGCAGGGUGCCAGGGCCUGUCCCUGAAGCGGCCCCGACCUCUGCCAGUGUUGCGACUUUGCUAGAGCGCCUGCAAGACGAGGAGGUGAGCUGGGGGCUCCCCACCAUGAUGCAGGGGGGGGAGCAGGGGGAGCCUGUGCCUGGCGGCACCUCUGCCCUCCUGAUUUUCUCGUCCAGAAGCCCCGGCACAGGGCAGUGCCCAGCCUGGAGCUUCUCAAGGAGCAGUCCUUUGCCCGGGCCCCAUCCCAAGGUCCCCUGGCUGCCCAAGCCCAGAGGCCAGGGGCUUUGUGUCCCUCUUGCAGCUUCCCAGCCCCAGCAGCACAUCCCUAGGCUCUGCAGAGUGAGGGCGGGCAGCUGGCGGCGCGCUGGCAGGAGGAGCAAAGCAAGUGCAACUGAUCCUAUGGUGCUCUGUCCCCAGGGCGACAGAGCGCAGACUUACUGCGCGCUGGAGAGCGUCUUGUGGGGUGAUGACAGCUGCCUGCAGUGCGGUGUCGUCAACCGGCUGCUAGCAGAGGUGUCCUGGGACCUGACAGCUGCCCAGGGCGUGACGGAAGACACGAAGGUGGCUGCCAGUGACGUCCUGGUGGCUCUGGCCCGCUCCCACUUCAGCUUCGUGCUAGCCGAGCUCCUGGCCCAGCUGAAUGCCCCAGGGCAGAUCUCCAAGGAGUUCGUGCUCAUCACUGUGGGCAAACUCCUCAGCACCAACGCCCUGCAGUGCAUCCCCUUCAUGCGCGUGGUGCUGUUGGGGCUGCGCACCGUGGUGGGCCAGUUAGGGAGCGGCCGGAUCCUGCGUGCUGCCUGCGGUGCUCUGGAGCAGUGCGCCAAAGUGGUCAACGUUUACAUCUGCACCUGGAAAGGAUGCUCCUUGCCUGCUCCGGAGAAGGAGCAGCUCUACGAAAGCCUUUCCCAGGUGUUCUGCUCUGUGGCAAGCACCUUGCUGGACUGCCAGGAGGAAGAGGACAAGCAAGCUGUCAUCGGGGCCAUGACUCCCUUGAUGCGUGUCCUCCUGCACAAGGAGGAGCACCGGGAGCAUGUCUGGGAGCAGCUCCUCUGGCUCCUGCACCAGUACCGGACGGUCCAAGACGCCUCCAGGGUGACCAAGAGCCUCCUUUCUUUCCUGGAGGCCCUGGAGCAAGCUCAGAUCCCCGUCCCCAAGGGCAAGUGUCUUGCCAUCAGCAGUGUCGUGUACAGCGAGCUCACUGCCGACACCACAGAGCACAGCCAGGAGCAGAAGGCAGAGCUGAGCCAGUGCAUCCUGCUGCAAGCUCGCAUCUGCCCAGAGGAGACGAUCCCGUUCCUGGAGUCCCAGCUGGGCCACGAGAGGGAGGCCGUGCGCGUGGCAGCCCUGGGUCUGCUCGGUGCUGUGGCACGCUGUGACGGUCAGUACCGGGGUCAGGGCUUGGAGGGCUCUCUUCCGCCCUCUGGGCUGUGCCUCCACGCAUGCCUCACUGGAUCUCUUGCAGAGCCCGCGACGGCAGAGAAGCUGCCCCAGGUGGUGGGGGCUGUCAAGAGUGUGUGCAGGGACCCCAGCAUCCGGGUGAGGAGGGCAGUUCUGCACUUCAUCAGGGAGCUGCUCAGUGCCAAUGCCCAGAGCUGCUCAGCGUGGGACGUUGUGGGCUACAUCUUCAGCGAGUUCAGCCAGAGCUCGAGCAGAAGGGCUGCGGGACUCCUGUCUGCCCAGGAAGCCCAGGAAGAAGGAGCUCUCCAAGGGCUGUGCAUGGACGUCCUGGGGUCCCUGGACAUCUCUGUGAGAGGGAUGGCCAAACUCCUGUGGCCGAGGCUGCUGAUCUAUGUGAUGCCAGCCAAGUACACAGGCAUGCUGAUCCCCCUCUCGCGCUGUCUCCACGCCCUGGCUGAGAGCAAUGAGCUGACAGCAGGGCACGAGCAUCACGAACUGGAUCCCGAUGUCCUCAACGCCCUGUUGCAAGACACGACGCUGACUCCGCACAACUUGCUGGCUCGCCUGCUGGUGGUGGCGGGGUCUCCUUUUGCGGGCAGUGAACUCCAAGCUGCUGCCUUGCUGGUGAUGCAGAGCCUCCACAGCAGGAUCCACGCAGCUGUGGGGGCCACGUGGAACACCGAGAUUCCCCUGCUGCUGCAGUACCUCCAAGGAGGAAAGGGGAACAUCCCAGACGCUGCCGAGUGGGAGCGCCGUCUGCUUCAGUUCCUGAGGGCAUCCCUGGAAACCAUCGGGGACGACGCCUGGAUCAAGCGCCUGAGCUGUGCGCUGAGCCAGCGGCUGGACAGCUCUCCCAGCAGCUCUGGGGAGAAGGCUUUCCUAUACAAGGCUCUUGGGACGACGCUGGCAGCUUGUCAGGAACUCCCACACGUCCAAGAGAACCUGCUGCAGCAUCUGACGAGAGCACAACCUGAGGAGCCAUCUGAGGCCCAGGGAAUCAUUUCUCUCGUCUGCCAAGCCGCCGACAGCCACUUCGGCCUGGUCUUGGAGACUUUAACAACAUUUGCUGCCACCUUGUGCAGUGGCCGGGGCUUGAGGGUUUCCAGAGGCAGGAAGACGCCCCAGGCCAGCAGGAGAGCUGAGGCCACUUGCAGGGCUGUCAUGCUCGCCCACAGCAGCAUGGCACUGCGUGCCUCCAAGGAACAACUGCUCGCCCACGUGGAGGCAGACAUCGCGGGCAACAUCCUGCUGCUCUCCAUCUCCAGCAGCCAGAACUUGCAGACCAAUCUUGCCGUGGCACAGAGCAUCCUUGAGGUCGGCUGUGCCGUUCAAGCUGUGGGGAACUUGGGCAGCUUCCAUCCUGUCCUGAAGCAAAAGCUGCUGCUGAUCCUGCAGAACUUGAUGAAGACGACUCUCUGGGACUUCCCGGCAGCGUCCCUGCACCUGAAGGUGAUUCUGGCCCUGGAGCAGUGGAGCAAGCUGGAGAUCUCGUUCAGCAGCGAGGAAAUUUUCAGCCUGCUGUCUGACUGCUGCCAGGCCAUCCUGCCACUUCCCUCAGCGGCUGAGCAGAUUGGGAAGAUCAGGAACGCAGAGCAGGCAGUGCUGCAGCUCCAGUCCCUGCACAUGGCCACGAAGGCUCUGGGCCGGCUCAUGGCAGUCCUGCUGAAGACAAAGCCAAGCCCUGUCGACUUUGUAGACAUCGCCGGGGUCCUGUGGUUCUGGCUCUCCUCGGACAAGCCGUGGGUGUGCAAGAGGGCCCUGCAGGUCUGCGCCCAGCUGCUGGAGGACUGCAGAGAUGGAGUGGCUUUUCAGACAAGAGGUGCCUACCUGCCGUUUGGCGCCUUGGCGGGAUUGCUGGGGCCUCUGACCUGUGAGCCCAUGAGCAGCUCCCGCCAGCUGGCCGCUGCCUGCCUCAGCUCCCUUCUCCACAUCCAAGCCAAGGCCACGAACAGGCUGUUGGAGACAGACGACCCUGCGAGCUUGUGUGAGGGGCUGAGUGCUCGCAGCGACGCCUCUCAGCAGCUCCGGACCUCCAUCCAAAUCGCAGAGAUGGUUUGCAAAAACGUCCCCAAAAAACAGGCUGCAGACUUCAUGAAUACCAUCCAGGAGCCCUUCCGGCGUGCCAGAGGAAGCCGCAUGCGUGCUGCAGGCAACUGGAUGCUCACCUUUCUGGAAACCUGGGGAAAGGACAUUGGUCCAGACGUGCGAGGAAUCCUCUCCACCCUGCACAGCCGCACAGAGUCCAUGCUGGAGCCCUCGUGCAUGUACUUCGUGCACCAUGCGGUGCUGAUCCUGGCCCGCCAUCACGAGAGGCUCACGAUGAACGUCAUCCUCAAGAAGUUUGUGCCUCUGGACAGAAACACACUGGAGCUGUGGAGGACUCUGGGGAGAGACAGCAUUGGCCUCAGUGUGCUGAAGCGCUUAGCGAGGAAGCUGAGGAGAGUGGGAGACGACAGCUGCCAGCCCAGCUCGUCCAGUGGCAGGCUGCACGCCCACCAGCCUUCUGCGGAGUCCUUGACUGUCACCCGUGCCAUCUCCGAAAUGGUGUCCGUGCAGUCCAAGGAGGGGGUCCAGAGCUUGCUUCCCUCCCUCCUCCCUGGGCUCCUGCUGCAGCUCAGCAAGGCACUGGGGAAAGAGAUUCUGUUUGCGCCCCUCAGCCCCUGGAGAGGGCACGCUGAGGAUCAGCGGCAAGAGGGCAACGUGUGCAGGCCUUUCUGUGAAACUCUCCUGUCAGUGCUGAGCAAAUGCGCUGAGAAGAGCUGGCUGACGCCGUUCUGGAGGCAGAAAAUGUCGGCGCUGCUGGAGAGCCCCCGCACUUAUGCCGAGGGCAUGUGCCUCCUGACGAGUGUCCUGCUCCGUGCCCAGCUCAUCUCCCAGGAGCUGAUUGAGAUCUUCUCCCAGUGGCUGCGCCACCCAUCAGCAAACCUGCUGCUGACGGCCAUGGCUUUCUUUGCUGAGCUGAUGAAGGAGCCGCCUCUUGAGAAGAGGAACGUCCUGAAGACUCUGCGUGUCUUGGCUGAGAAAGCACAGCACCGAAGCAGCACCAUAAGGCAGCUGGCAGCGAGAGCUCUGGGCAACGCAGCCGGCAGCAUGCCCGUGGAGGUGCGGAAGCACGGGAGACAAGUUGUCCAGGUGCUGCAACAGAGCCUGGCGGACACUGCCUGUCCCGAGGUGGUUGCAGAAAGCAUGCUGGCGCUAGCUGAGCUCGUGAAGGUGCUGCAGGCGGUGAACUUGGGAUCGGCCUUUGAAGACAUCGCCAGGUCCACCAAGAUGUUCUUCGAGUCUGAAGAAGAGUACCUUCGCUACUCGGCCUUGCGCCUCUAUUCAGUCCUGGCCUCCUCAGCCUCGAGCAAGCGGUCGUUCUUUGCCGGAGAAGUGGCGGAAACAUGGGUCAGCCUUUUCCUGCACCUCCGGGAUCCCGACUUUGCAGUUGCCAGCAUGUGCAAGAUCACCUUCAGGCUCUGUGUUCCAUUUAUGGGGCUGAGGCGGCCACGGGAGAUCAUCUCUCUCUGCAAGAGGCUGGGUGCACAAGAGCUGCAGGAUGCGCUCUGCACUCACCUGGCCAGAUACGCCCCGCCAGAGUUGGAGAGGCUCCAUACCGUAGCCAGGAGAGGCUGCCUAGAGAACGGGCAGAGGCUGCACCCAUCGACCUUCGAAAUCCCUGCUUUCCAGGGCCGGAGCAGCACUGAGGACACCGGAGUGAGGAGAAGGCAGACAAGGCCCUCUGUGUCUGUGGUACCCUGUGGGCAAUAAAACUCUGUACAUGUA